GAGAGACAGAGACAGUUAGAGAAAGAAGGGGACUCAGACACUCAGACAGAUAUGACCAAGACGGCAGCUCUAGCAACCAUGGACUUCUGCAAUAUGUGGGUAGAAGAAAUCAGGAUGUCAAAGCCAGUCGAGGUUGAGAACACAGUGGCUGACUCUCCAAUGGAGAGCACAGAUUCAGAGCGGAAUGGUCCUGACUCAAUUCAUCAGCUUCAGCAGAUGAAAAUCAGUCCCUUUCACCUUUCUCCAACCCUCAGCAGCAACAAGAAUAAGAUGGAAGAGUGUGUUGAGAUGUCCCCGGGCCCUGCUCCUCACCACAGCCACGCCCCCUCACAGACACCCCACCCACACACACAGCUCAUGCUGACCGGCUCCCAACUGGCAGGGGACAUCCAGCAGUUGUUGCAGCUGCAGCAGUUGGUUCUGGUGCCAGGACACCACCUGCAGUCUCCUCAGUUCCUCCUCCAACAGCACCAAGGGCAGCAAGGAUUGCUAUCAACACCAAAUCUGAUUCAGCUACCUCAGCAAAACCAAGGGAGCCUCCUGUCCACUCCCAGGCUGGGGCUCCAAGCACAGAGAGAUAAGGCUAUGGAGGGAAGUGGGGUCAUGACCUCAGUGUCCUCUGUGACCUCUCACCCCGAGGAGCCCAGUGACCUUGAGGAACUGGAGGUGUUCGCCCGCACCUUCAAACAGAGACGCAUCAAACUGGGCUUUACACAGGGUGACGUGGGAAUGGCCAUGGGGAAGCUAUAUGGUAAUGAUUUCAGCCAGACCACCAUCUCUCGCUUCGAGGCCCUUAACCUGAGCUUUAAGAACAUGUGCAAACUCAAACCACUACUGGAGAAGUGGCUCAAUGAUGCAGAGACCAUGUCCACAGACAGUACUAUGCCCAGCCCCAGCUCUCUGUCCUCUUCCUCAAUGGGCUUCGAGGGCCUGCCGGGCCGACGCAGGAAGAAAAGAACCAGCAUCGAGACUAACGUCCGCGUGGCCCUGGAGAGAGCCUUCAUCACGAACCAGAAGCCUACCUCAGAGGAGAUCCUGUGUAUCGCGGACCAGCUCAGCAUGGAGAAGGAGGUGAUCCGCGUGUGGUUCUGCAACCGCCGACAGAAAGAGAAGCGUAUCAACCCCAACAGUGCCACCCCUCCCUUGCCCAGCCAGCCCCCCGCCCCACCGACGCACAAACCCCCCUGCUACAGCCCACACAUGCUCUCCAGUCAGCUGUCCCAGGCAGUGACCAGCCUCAGCACCACAUUGACCACAAUGUCAUCGUUCUCCCCUCUGAUCCCCAGUGGUCCCACCCACUCAUCUCUCAGCUCCGCCUCCUCUCCAGUGACUCCUCCUCCUCCUCGCAGCACAGCCAGCCCAGCCACUCCCAGCCACAGCACACUGAGUCUCAACACAGGGUGA